AUGACCCGCACGGACCCGCCGGACCUGCUGGUGUCGACCGUGUACCAGGACAUCAAGGUGGCGGCCCCGGGGCCCGCGUCCAGGCGCCCGCCAUGUGAGCGGCCCGCGGUGGCCCGGCCCGCCGCGCCCGCGCCUUUCAACAAGCGCCACUGCCGAAGCUUCGACUUCCUGGAGGCGCUGGACGGGCCGGCCAUGGAGGCGCGCUCGGAGCCGCCGCCUGCGGAGCCCGCCGCGCCGCGUGCCCGGCCCCGCGACGGCGAGCCCCGGCGCCGCGCCCGCUCCAAGAGCGCGCCCCGCGCGCCCCCGUGCCUGGCGCCCGCGCCCGCCUCGCCGCCGGUGCUGCCGCGCCGAGGCCGAGAGGCGCAGCGCGAGAAGCGGGCCGAGGCAUCGCCGCGCCGGGAGCCCGCGUACCCCGCGCUGCGCGCGCUCGCCAACGAGCUGCACCCCAUCAAGCUGCAGCCGCAGCGGGGCGGCACCGGCCGCAUCGCGCCCCUGUGCGCCGCCACCGGCCGCUGCGCGCCGCCUGAACCAGCACCCCCUGGGCCCGCCCCCCACGUCCGCUGCCGCCUGGACAUCAAGCCGGACGACGCGGUGCUGCAGCACGCCGCUCGGGGCUCGCGGCCCUGCGGGCCCACCGAGGCGGUGCCCUGGGCCCGCGCUGCCCCGCAGCUCCACGGCCUCACGGUGCCCGGGCCCCGCCACGUGGCGCUGUCCCGCACCCCCACCCCUAGCGACUCGUACUGUGUGGACCCCCGAGCGCUGUACUGCGACGGGCCUCUGCCAGGGCCCCGGGACUACGCGGAGCGCCGCCCUCUGCACUUCACCGCCCCUCCGGGCCCCACCCAAUUCUUCUACACCGAGGAUGCUGACGGCUACUCAGGCGGCUUUACAGCCAGUCCCGGCCCUCCCUUCGACGCCUACUGUCCCAGGCCCUACCGGCCCGAGGAGCCCCUGGGGCCCAGCCCAAGACGUGGGGGCGGCUAUUAUGCAGAAGAAGUUCGCACCUUCCCGAUCCAGGAACCGCCCUCCCGCUCCUACUACGGGGAGGCACCUCGAGCCUAUGGCCUGCCUUGCGGGCCCCGCUUUGCCCCAUUUGCCCACGAGAAGCCGCGGGCUCACCCCACCAACCGUCCCUUUUAUACCGAGGACUUCGGGCGGUACCACGAGCGCGACGCCCUGGCUCGGACUUACCCGUACCCGCGCAGCAGCCAGUCCUGGGCUGACUGGGGCCCGCGGCCUUACCGCACCCUGCAGUUGGCUCCUCCCCACGACCCUGGCCCAUUGCUCUCCUCAUGGCACGGCGGGACCGGUACCAGCCCUCCCCGACUGGCCAGCGACAGCCGCCACUACUCGCGCUCUUGGGACAACAUUCUGGCCCCCGGGCCGCGCCGGGAAGACCCCCUGGGCCGCGGCCGCAGCUACGAGAACCUGCUGGGGCGCGAGGUGCGGGAGCCGAGGGGCGCGUCCCCAGAAGGCCGGCGCCCGCCGGUCAUCGUGAACCUGUCCACCUCGCCCAGACGCUACGCCGCGCUGUCCCUGUCCGAGACGUCGCUGUCAGAAAAAGGCCGCGGAGGCGAGGGCCUGAGCCGCAACUGGUACGUCACGCCCGAAAUCACCAUCACCGACAACGACCUGCGCGCCGCUGAGCGACCCACCGCCAGGGGCUGGGAGCUGCCGGGGGGCCGCCCGCGGCCACAUCCCCCGGCGGCCCCCGCCGGCCCCACCUCUGGCCGCCAGCGUAGCCUGGAGCAGCUGGACGAACUCAUCACAGACCUGGUCAUCGACUCUCGGCCCCCGGCCGGCCAGGCCCCGGAGCCCGUGACCGACGGCCUGGGCCACCAGCUUCGCCGCCUGCUGGACUCGCGGCCCGCGGGGCCCGGGGCCCCCUCGCUGGCACCGCCGCGCUCGCCCCCCGCCUCGGCUGGCAGCGCCGAGGAGCCUGCGGGCGCGGGGGAGACGGCCGACGCUUCUCCGGAGCCCAGCGCGGACGAGGACGACCUGAUGACGUGCUCCAACGCGCGCUGCCGGCGCACCGAGACCAUGUUCAACGCCUGCCUCUACUUCAAGUCGUGCCACAGCUGCUACACCUACUACUGCUCGCGCCUGUGCCGCCGCGAGGACUGGGACGCGCACAAGGCGCGCUGCGUGUACGGCCGCGUGGGCAGCGUGUGCCGCCACGUGCUGCAGUUCUGCCGCGACAGCGGCCCGGUGCACCGCGCCUUCUCGCGCAUCGCGCGCGUCGGCUUCCUGUCGCGUGGCCGCGGGGUGCUCUUCCUGGGCUUCCCGAGCCCGGGCUCAGCCGACAACUUCCUGCGCUUUGGCCUCGAAGGGCUGCUGCUGUCGCCCACCUACCUGUCACUGCGUGAGCUGGCCACACACGCCGCGCCCCUGGGCAGCUACGCGCGCGAGCUGGCGGCCGCUGGGCGCCUCUAUGAGCCGGCCGAGUGCUUCCUGCUCAGCGUGUCGGUGGCCGUGGGUCCCGGCGCCGCGCCCCCAGGGGCCCCUGCCCGGCCUGCGCCCGCGCCGCGCAGCCCCGGGCCCACGGUGCGCAAGUUCGCCAAGGUGGCACUGGCGGCCGGCAGCCCGGCGCAUCCGCCCCCGGCGCGGGGCCGUGAGCCAGACAUGGAGACGCUGAUCCUGACGCCGCCGCCGGGCACGGCCGGCCUGGACCAGGAAGGCGAGGCGGGCCGGCGCGCUCGCGAGGUGGCUUUCAUCCACAUCCAGCGCGAGCUGCGGCUGCGCGGCGUCUUCCUGCGCCACGAGUUCCCGCGCGUCUACGAGCAGCUCUGCGAGUUCGUCGAGGCCAACCGGCGCUUCACGCCCACCACCAUCUACCCCACGGACCGGCGCACCGGCCGCCCCUUCAUGUGCAUGAUCAUGGCUGCCUCCGAGCCGCGCGCGCUCGACUGGGUGGCCAGCGCCAACCUGCUGGACGACAUCAUGUGAGCCGCGGGUCGGACCAGGCUCAACCCGGGCCCCGCCCAGCCUGCUCAGGGCCCCGCCCCCGUUCCUCCUAAGCCCCGCCUCAAAUUCCUCCAGCCGCCCCCUCAAGCUCCGUCCAGGUCCCCUCCAGGCACUCGGUCCCUCUCCCGCACCCCAGGGGGUUCCCUAAAGGCUCCUCCUCUGCCUUCCCCACCCCCAACAGCGCCUCUGCCCUCGGACCCCUCCCUCCUCCAGCUCCCCCUCGAGGACCCCCAGGCCGGUCCUUGCCCUCGGUGCUCCCCGCUGGGAGGCGGGGUGGGCCUGAGGACCGCCCAGCUCUGCCUUCGCGCGGAGGGGUCGCUACUGCACAGACCCCACCCGCACAGAUCGGGUCCCGCGAAGCUCGCGCUUGAGCCUCCUCAACCCGGUUCCGCUGCGUCCAGGAGCCGGUGUUAACCAAAGCCUAGUCUCGUCACUUUAAACACGCCCGACCCCGCCUCCUGUGGUCUGGGGUGCCAGCUGCUCAGAGGCCUGUCCUCUCUGAGGGGCACCCUGGUCGGCCUCCGUGCGUGUGUCCUGAGCCAGAAAGCCGCGGUGCGUCCCAGAGAGGCGGUGGGCAGGGCGGGCGGUGCGCGGUCCAGUCCGCACACUGUCAGUACCGCCCUGCCGUCCCCUCCUCCAGCCUCCCUGGUUUGGGCCCUGCAGGGACAGUUGGGGAAAGCAGCCAGAGGAUAAUCGGAGGUCUUCAGGCCAAGGUGCAAGCCACCGAGCCAGAAGGGCGGGAGACCUGGGCAGACGAAGCAGAGCAUAUGAUGAGUGGGGGUGCUGGCUAGGCCAGGCUACGCGACAAGUGGGGUGCCCGCCCACGCCCCACAGGAUGGCCGUAGGCAGCUGCCAGGGCGGAGAGAGGAUGCAAACAGCCCCGCAGGCUCUAACGUCACAGGGAGGCGGGAAACCCGUGCAGAGGGCGGGCCAGCUGGGAGGGGACCGCGGAGACCUUAGCGGAAGGGGCUCCUACCCGCUGGAGCAGGAAGGGCCACGGGACAGCCCCCAGCUGGGAGCCGGCGGGGAAAGCGUGCUGACAGCAGGUGCGGGGCGAGCUAGUGCGUCAGCGCGAAAGCCCACCCGAGGGGGUCGGGAUCUGUCCCGAGACUCAGAUUCUUUAACUGCACCGAAGUUCCCGCACGCCGGCUCUGGCCGCGCCCUGCGGCCUGCAGACACGCCUGCGCACCGGCCCAGUAUCCCGCUUGUCCCACCCGCCUUCGCGGCCCCCGGAGUCUGGCCGCCGCGCUCCCCCGCCCCGGGGCCUCCGCAUUCGGUCCCACGCCUAAAGGCCGGCCUGGAAAGCCCCUGGACAGGAAUAUUUCCAGUGGGCGAGCGCUUCCGAACCAAGUAAAAUAGAACUUGAAUGUA